AAUGACCCCCACCUAGAGGCACUGCUGAAAGCGAUGGCAAAGGAAAGGCAGGAGCAAAAGAGCACUCUUGAAACAUCCAGAGUCAGUGAAGAAGCUGUUCAGGUACAAGAUGAGGCAAAUGAAAUUAAUCCGAAGAUAGCUGUCUAUGAGGAUAAGGAUAUCAAAUGGCAGGGAAGGGGCACGGGGGCAAAGAAUCACAUGGGACAAGUUAAGACAGCUUGGGCCAUGAGCAACAGAGGCACAAGCAUACCAAUACUAGAUUUAGUUGAAACAAUAAGAUUAGUUUUGAUCAAGGCUAGAGAAGAGCAUUGGACAGAAUUUAAAGUCCAUAUCCCUCAGAAAGCAGCUUUUAUCCUCGUUGAUGUCCAGGAAAACCAAAGACAAUCGAUUGGCAAAUCUGAUGGAUGAUAUCAACAAUCUUAACUCUUUGUUUAAAAAACGCUCAUUCUGUUUAGAUGUAGCAAAUGAUAAUAUAUGUAA